AUGCAAUUUGCGGCCGUUUGGCUAUUGGCUGCUGCAGCCACUUUCACAGCAUUCGAGCAGAGUGAAGCCUACGAUAUAGGUGAAAAUCAAAUAAAUGCCGGCGCUAAUGCCUUGAAUGCGGCUACUCAAAACGCCAUUGGUGCAGCGGGUGUAGGAAGUGAGCUAACCAACAACAUUGGCGGAAGUCAAGUCAUCAACUCCGGCUCGAUCAUUCAGGGUAGCGGCAACACUGUUAGCAGUUUACUCAAUGUGGAUCCUCAGAUCAAUGCGGUUGUGAAUGCCCUCAAUAGCUUAAAUCAAGAAUCUGCUGCUGCCUCCGAUGGAGCAAGUGGAAAUACAAUUGGUGGCAGGCAAAUUC